GGGCCCCCUGAUGAACAUGGAAACCAGCCUCACUAUUACUGGCCCUUUGCUACCAGUGAUCUUUAUAACUGGUGCCGUCAGCAUGCCAAUUUCUCUGAUAACCCUAGAGAUUUGAUUAACCUGUUAGAAACUGUCUUGUUUACCCAUCAGCCCACUUGGGAUGACUGUCAGCAGCUUCUGCAGGUCCUGUUCACCACUGAAGAGCGAGAGAGGAUUCAAAAUGAGGCCAGGAAAUUGGUUCCUGGUGACAAUGGUCAACCCACCACCAAUGCUGACACUAUCAACACUUCUUUUCCUCUGUCCCGACCCAACUGGGAUUUCAACAUGGCAGAAGGUAAGGAGAGGCUUCAGGUCUAUCGCCAGGCUCUGCUGGGAGGUCUCAAAGCAGUGGCAAGGAAGCCCACCAAUUUGGCUAAGGUAGGGGAUGUACAACAAAAGUUAGAUGAAAGCCCUGCUGCUUUCUUAGAAAGAAUUCAGGAAGCCUUCCGUAGGUAUACUCCUAUGGACCCAGAAGCAAUUGAGACAAAGGCAGCUGUGAUAAUACAUUUUGUCAACCAGGCGGCACCAGACAUUAAGAGAAAGUUACAGAAAGUAGAUAGGUUAAGAGAAAAGAGUAUUCAGGACUUAGUGGCAGUGGCAGAGAGAGUGUAUAACAAUAGAGAAACAGCAGAGGAGAAACGAGAAAAAGCUGAUGACCGCCAGACCCGAAACUUAGCUCGGAUCCUUCUGGCUGCCACUGCGGGAGAACAAAGGGAACGUGAACGUAGGCUAAGAAAGACUGCGGUGGAAGGAGAAGGCAAGGAGAGACGCAGAGAGCAUCCCCAGUUAGGAAAGAAUCAAUGUGCUCAUUGCAAAGAAUACGGCCACUGGGCCAAGGACUGUCCCAAAAAGAAACAACAGGAAGGUCGCCCCAAGGCCCCUAUCCUGGCCGUGGAUAAACUAGAUGAUUAGGGGGGACGGGGUUUGGCACCCCUCCCCGAGCCCAGGGUAACCCUAAAAGUGGAGGGGAGAUCUGUCGAGUUCCUAGUGGAUACAGGGGCUCAACAUUCAGUCCUACUUGAACCAUGUGGCCAUGUUUCUGAUAAAACCUCUUGGGUUCAAGGAGCUAUAGGCAUGAAAAAGUAUUCAGGGACUACCCAAAGAACAGUGGACUUGGGAGUGGGCUGAGUAACCCACUCAUUUAUGGUUAUACCAGACUGCCCCUACCCCUUAUUGGGAAGAGACUUGCUUACUAUUGGGGCCCAAAUUCAUUUCCAACCCAGGGGCACAAAAGUCCUUAAUCAGGAGGGAAGGCCCAUUCAGGUGCUAACCAUAAACUUAGAAGAUGAAUAUCUGCUACAUCAGAAGAGGGCCCCUCCUGAUCCUGACAUGGAACAAUGGCUCACCAUGUUCCCACAAGCAUGGGCAGAGACUGGAGGCAUGGGACUAGCUGUGCACAGAGCACCAGUGUUUGUGGAGAUAAAACCUGGAGCAGACCCUGUGCGAGUCUGCCAGUAUCCUAUGCCCCUAGAGGCCCAGAAGGGAAUAACUCCACACAUCAGGAGGUUGCUUGCUCAGGGGAUUCUCAGGCCUUGUCAAUCAGCCUGGAACACCCCCUUGUUGCCGGUACGGAAACCUCAUUCAAAUGACUAUCAGCCAGUGCAGGAUCUCCAGGAAGUGAACAAGAGGGUUAUGGACAUCCACCCUACGGUGCCUAAUCCAUACACCCUUUUGAGUUCACUUCCCCCAAGCCAUCAAUGGUACACAGUCUUGGAUCUCAAAGAUGCUUUUUUCAGCCUUCCGCUGGCACCCAAAAGCCAACACAUCUUUGCAUUUGAAUGGAGUGACCCGGAACAAGGCCUCAAUGGACAGCUGACAUGGACCCGAUUACCCCAAGGGUUCAAAAAUUCUCCCACCAUCUUUGAUGAGGCCCUGCAUGAAGACCUGGGUGAGUUUCGCCUCCAAAACCACCAAUUGACUCUGUUACAAUAUGUAGAUGAUCUCCUCAUAGCAGCUGAAAUGCGGGAAGACUGCCUAAGUGGAACCAAGAAACUCUUGAUGGUCAUAGGGGAACUGGGGUACCGGGCGUCCGCCAAAAAGGCCCAGAUCUGCAAACCCGAGGUAAGCUACUUGGGGUACAUGCUUAGAGAGGGGCAAAGAUGGCUGUCGGACGCUAGAAAAGAGACAGUUCUUAAGAUACCCACCCCAGAUUCCCCUCGGAAAGUUAGAGAGUUCUUGGGAUCGGCUGGCUUCUGCCGCCUAUGGAUACUGGGGUUUGCGGAGCUCGCAAGGCCCCUUUACGAGGCAACCAAAGACAAUCAGGCUUUUCAAUGGACAGAGAAGCUACAAAAAUCUUUUGACCAAGUUAAAACAGCCUUGCUGGUGGCACCGGCCUUGAGCUUGCCCGAUAUUACUAAGCCAUUCCACCUUUACAUUGAUGAAAACAAAGGGGUCGCCAAGGGCAUCCUAGUCCAGUAUCUAGGGCCAUGGCGCCGCCCAGUGGUGUACCUAUCAAAAAGACUUGAUCCAGUUGCAUCAGGAUGGCCCCCGUGUCUAAGAAUGAUUGCAGCAGUGGCUCUAAUGGUCAAAGAUGCUGACAAGUUAACGUUGGACCAAGAACUGUACGUAACCACCCCUCACGCUGUUGAGGGAGUCCUAAAACAGCCUCCGGAUAGAUGGCUCAGUAAUGCCUGCCUGACUCACUACCAGAGCUUACUCCUGAAUCCAGCCCAAGUUGUUUUUCAGACCCCGGCUGCCUUAAACCCGGCCACAUUGUUGCCAGACCCGGACUUAGAGGGCCCGCUUCAUGACUGCACAGACAUCCUAGCUCAGGUGCAUGGAAUUCGAGCGGAUCUGAAAGACCAACCGUGGCCAGAUGCAGAUAAUACCUGGUACACUGAUGGGAGCAGCUUUGUUCGCGAUGGCCACAGGUAUGCUGGGGCAGCUGUGGUAACAGAGACCGAGGUCAUUUGGGCAGAACCAUUGCCCACCGGGACCUCAGCACAACGGGCGGAGCUCGUAGCUCUGACCAAAGCGUUGACUCUAGGACAGGGCCAAAAGUUAAAUGUAUACACAGAUAGCCGGUAUGCCUUUGCCACCGUGCACAUCCAUGGGGCCAUCUACAAGGAAAGGGGACUACUGACAGCUGAAGGAAAGACUAUUAAAAACAAAGAGGAGAUCCUUGCCCUCUUAACAGCCCUCUGGCUACCUAAAAAAUUGGCCAUUAUCCAUUGCCCAGGACACCAAAAAGGCGACACUCCAAUUGCCAGAGGAAAUAAUCUAGCUGACCAGAUGGCCCAAGAAAUAGCCCUAAAGAUUAAUCUGACAUUAGCCACUCAGCUGCCUGAUCCAGGAGGUGCUGCCCUGCCAGAAAAACCCCAGUACACUGAAAAAGAUUUAAAUUGGAUAAAACAAUUACCUAUGCCUCAGUGCCUCAAUGGGUGGUGGAAAUCUUCUGAUUGUAAAGUCAUCUUGCCUAAAGCGCUGGGAGAACAAGUUCUCUCCAAAAUGCACCGGACCACCCAUAUGGGCACUCGAAAAAUGCAAGACCUCCUGAGACAUGCUGAAAUAAAGAUUUGUGAUGCUAAUUCUAAAAUUGAACAUAUUGUUGCCACCUGCAAAGCCUGUCAAUUGACAAAUGCCACCCACAAUAAAGCCAACCCAGGCAAUAGGCUGAGAGGGAACCGACCUGGAACAUAUUGGGAAUUGGACUUCACCGAGGUGAAACCUGGAAGGUAUGGUUAUAAGUACCUGUUAGUUUUUGUAGACACAUUUUCAGGAUGGACAGAAGCUUUUCCUACCAAACAUGAAACAGCACGAAGUGUGACCAAAAAACUGCUAGAAGACAUCCUGCCAAGAUAUGGUUUUCCAGUAAUGUCAGGAUCAGACAAUGGACCCGCCUUCAUUUCCAAGGUGAGUCAAACUUUAGCACAGAUCUUGGGGACAGAUUGGAAAUUACAUUGUGCAUAUAGACCCCAAAGUUCAGGACAGGUAGAGAGGAUGAAUAGAACUUUAAAAGAGACCUUAACUAAAUUAACCUUAGAGACUGGCGGUGACUGGGUGACUCUCCUUCCCUUUGCCCUCUAUAGGGUAUGCAAUUCACCCUAUAAGAUGGGACUAACUCCCUUUGAAAUUAUGUUUGGAAUUCCCCCUCCCAUUAUUCCCAACCUUCAGUUGAAUAUGCUUGUUGAAUUUGAUGAUCAAAAGUUGCUACUUUCUUUAAAAAGCCUCCAAUGUGUACAUGAAGAUAUCUGGCCUAAAUUAGAAGCCUUGUACCAGACCGGACCACCUCCUGAGCCCCAUCGCUAUCGACCAGGAGACUGGGUCUUCGUCCGGAGGCAUCGACAGAAGGACCUUGAGCCCCGUUGGAAAGGAUCCUACGUCACAGUCCUGGCCACGCCCACCACUCUUGAGGUCGACAGGAUCGCCUUGUGGGUGCACUACACCCACAUCCGUCCCGCGGACCCACACGCUGUCCUAGAAGACUUUGUUCCGACAUGGCAGGUGUCCAAGGACCAAGACAAUCCUCUCAAACUCAAGCUGAGUCGUCAACGGUCAUGAUCGUGGUAACUGUACUUUUGACACCCAUAUUAGGACAAAACCCACAUGCUCCCCUAAAUUUAACUUGGAUGAUCAUUAGCACCUCCACAGGUGACAUUAUUAACAGCUCAUCCAAGGUGAGCCCACCGUUGACCUGGUGGCCUGCCCUAGAGUUUGAUCUCUGUCGACUGGCCACUGGCAGUUGGGAUAUCGGACACUGGAGCCUAGAGUCACGGGGAAGGCCAGAAUGUGGGGAAACACAAAAGGGAUGUACCCUCCCCCCGGUCGAUUCACGAAAACCGGGUUGCAACCAUGUAAUUCGCAGGGCAAUAUUACAAGAUACCUCCUUCUACGUCUGUCCAGGAGGGGGGCGUACUAGAAGCCAAAUUGUAACUUGUGGGGGUGCUGAACAGUUCUUUUGCAAAAAUUGGGGUUGUGAGUCAACGGGGGCCAUAACUUGGAAACCCUCCAUUACAACUGAUUUUAUUUCGGUUGACACGAUUCCCCAACAAAAGUUGGCAUACAACCCUCUCUACGGCCACUGUACCCAAUUUCUGUGUAACCCCAUCCAUAUUACCUUUACGGACCCGGGCAAACAGUUCACAAAUUGGGAGGCAGGCCGCAGUUGGGGGUUGCGAUUAUAUGAAAAUGGAUAUGAUAAUGGGUUACUUUUUACUAUAAAACUAAAAAUAGAGCCGCUUGCCAUAGGGCCUCCCCAACUGAUAGGGCCAAAUCUGGCACUAGCCCCUAUAGCUCCUCUCAGACCUACUAAGCCCCCUCCCCCAGAAAGCUCAGCUAUGCCACCAGAAACAAAUACCUCCAUACAGGCACCAAACCUAACCUCCACUUCCACAUUCCUACCCUCCGUUCAGAUGACCACCCAGGCAGAAAAAGUCAACCAUAGCCAGGACCAAGACCCCCUUUGGGAACUGAUGGUCCACACCUUUAAGGCCCUAAAUGAGUCUAGGCCAGACCUAACUCAGUCUUGCUGGUUAUGCUAUGAUAUCAAGCCCCCUUAUUAUGAGGCAAUAGCUUAUCUAGACAAUUUCACUAAAUCAGACAGUCCGACUCAGUGUAGAUGGCAACAAAAAGGGACAGCUAGACUGACCCUACAGUUGGUAACUGGACAAGGAACUUGUGUUGGCAGUGUCCCGGCCUCCCACCAACACCUUUGUAAUAAAACCUUUUUUCGGCCUAGACCAAAAUAUCUCAUUCCCUCUUUUGACGGAUGGUGGGCCUGCUCCUCUGGACUCACCCCCUGUGUACAUGGACAAGUGCUGAGGCGGACUGGAGAUUUCUGUGUACUAGUACAAUUGGUCCCCCGACUAUUAUAUCACUCAGAAAAAGACAUCCUCAGUCGCCUGACUGAGACCCAAGUCAGGGUUAAACGAGAGCCCGUAACGGCCAUUACUCUGACCGUUCUCCUAGGUUUGGGACUAGCCGGGGCAGGAACGGGAAUUUCAUCACUAGUACUACACAAUAAACACUAAAAUGAUUUAAGGGCAGCCAUAGAUAUAGAUAUUGAAAGACUAGAAAGCUCCAUCUCCCACCUCCAAGAGUCUCUAACUUCCCUGGCAGAGGCAGUCCUCCAAAACCAAAGGGGGCUAGAUUUAAUUUUUCUUCAACAGGGAGGACUCUGCAUUGCCUUAGGUGAAGAAUGUUGCUUCUAUGUAGAUCAUUCAGGAGUGGUCAAAGAAUCUAUGGCCAAAGUUAGAGAAGGCAUCGCCAAACGCAAAAGAGAAAGAGAACAAUCUCAAAACUGGUUCGAAUCCUGGUUUAAUUCCUCCCCUUGGCUAACUACCCUAAUCUCUACCCUGCUAGGCCCCUUGCUUAUCCUGUUACUACUGUUAACCUUUGGACCUUGUAUACUCAAUAGACUGGUUUCAUUCAU